AGCAAUAACAACAAAUAUCUGUGAAAGACUGCCAUAGCUUACCCAACCCCCCUUUCUCCGUCUCAAGCUCAAUGGCCACAAGCACAACCAAUCUCUCUCUCCUUCAAACCUUCUCUUCACUUCGUUUAUUCUCUUCUUAUUACCCCCAAUAUGCCCCCAAUCUUUCAUGUUAUUCACGCUUUAGAUCCACUGUCCACCUAUCUGCGAUUUCUUCUAAAUCCUACAGAAAUACAAUUAAACCUCGCUCUCUAAUCGUCGUUGCAGCUGUCAAAACCCUCUCGGAGACGGGGUUACUCGCCGUGCCGUUAACUUCUGAAGAGUUCAAUGAGAAAUUGCCAUCAGAGUCGGGCGUUUACGCCGUUUAUGAUAAAAACGAUGAGCUUCAAUUCAUUGGUAUUUCACGGAACAUUGCUGCUAGCUUACUGGCUCAUUUGAAAUCCGUACCGGAGUUAUGCGGCUCCGUGAAGGUUGGGGUGGUAGAUGAACCUGAUAGAACAGUUUUAACCCAAACUUGGAAGUCAUGGAUGGAAGAAUACAUACAAGCCACCGGGAAAGUCCCACCAGGCAAUGAAUCAGGGAACACCAUUUGGGUUCGGCAGCCUCCCAAGAAGAAAAAACCUGAUCUUCGUCUUACGCCUGGUCAUCAUGUCCAGCUGACAGUUCCACUUGAGGAGCUCAUCGAUAAGUUAGUAAAGGAGAACAAGGUGGUGGCCUUUAUAAAGGGAUCAAGAAGUGCACCAAUGUGUGGAUUCUCGCAGAGAGUAGUUGGCAUUCUUGAAAGUGAAGGAGUGGAUUAUGAAAGUGUGGAUGUCCUUGACGAAGAGUAUAACUAUGGUUUGAGGGAGACACUAAAGAAGUAUAGUAAUUGGCCAACAUUUCCACAAAUUUUCCUGAAUGGAGAAUUGGUUGGAGGGUGUGAUAUCCUCUCCUCCAUGCAUGAGAAGGGUGAGAUUGGAGGAUUGUUCAAAAAGUAGUAGAUUUUUGAAUUUAUGUUUUUGAAAGAGGCAGCAGGAAGAGAGUUGAUUGUUUAGGCCAGUGGUGGAUGUUGUGUAAGAUAUAAGGACUACUUAUGUGGGAAUAGAGUUCACAGCUGACUGUUUAGGUCAGCAAUAGAAGUUUUGUGUAUUGUUUUCUGACCCGGGCAUCGGAUGGUUGAGAUUUAAUGGUGGAUUACUGUUUAAAUCAAUAUAAAAAAAAAAAAAUUUUAAACAUUUUAA